CAAUUUCCGCCCUCUCAAAUCCUGACAGCAAAACUCUCAAUGUCGGACGAAACCUUUCAGGUGCAACCAGCGCCCACCGUGAAUUUUGCCAUCUUGUCUGCGGAUAACGCAGCCGCCAUUCACCUUUUGGACCUUGUCAAGGCUGAAACUCCACUCCCGGCUCUUAUAAGUAAUAAAACAUCAAUUGGUUAUCAGCUGUCAACUAUCUCAUCAUGUAAUGGCUCCGGUCUCAAGGAUUUCUGGCUAAUUGGGGCCGGCCCAUCUCAAGCGAUACAUGACAAGAACUACAACAAUACAAAACCCGAUAUCCUGCUCUGUCCACCGGGCGAAUCUCGCAGCGCCAAUAGAGCCCGCCAAUGCAUUGAGGAUAUACACGCUGUGAUUGACUUCCAUACGAAGUCGAACGUGUUAAUGCUCACAACAAACUCCAAGCGACUACCUAUUAUAUACGAAAACGGAGACAUGGGCAAUCAAGAUUUAAAACUGUAUAUGCUGGAGAGGAAAAGCUGCGUCAUGAGACAGAAGCGCAAUUUCCUGCGGAUCGGCGAAUAUCGCUUUGUUCUCGAAUUCAUCACCCAAGGUCACUGCAACGACGGAGAAAAAGCCAAAAUAGAGUCUCAUGGCUACCGAAGCCUUUAUCCUACACCAUCAGCCUACCCCGCGCAUUCUGAGGCAUCUUGGAAUGUCUGGCUUCAUAACUAUAUACCAGAAACAUCAGUGAGAUCCGGUGUUAAUAUUUAUACCGGAGACCCAGUUGCUGUCAAGCAAUUACCACGGAACAUAGCUUCGCAACCAGACACUCGUGCCCGACUCCGAACCGCCAGCCAAUACGGCAAAACCCUAGAAAAUGGAGUGCUGGGAAUUCUCGAUACUUGGUGUAAACACGACAUUUCCCCCCCAUGCUUUUGCGCAAAGGAGAAAAAAACCUUUAACGCUUGUCAUAAAAUGUUUUAUUCUAUGCCUUUAGCUAAGCACAGCUUUGCAAAUAUGCAAUGGUCAAGAAUUUAUGAGGAUCGUUCUAUGCUUUGCUACCAAACUUUAAUGGGGCUGGCUGAGUUGCAUGCACAGAACAUCAGCCAUGGGAAUAUACGUCCCGACUCGCUAUUGAUCUUUGACGAGCCAGAAUUAUCAAUACCAACCAAGGAUAUUAGAAAUUUUCGUGCAGUUAUUUCUCUUGACAUGCAACUUCCAGAAAAGCCCAAUGCAAGCAUUUGUAUUGCGCCUGAAAUUUGGAAAGAGGAUGGUGCAAACCUAGACAAGGAAAAGCUUGAUAUAUGGGGAAUUGCUGCGUCGUGGCUCUUUGCCUUUUUCCAAGUCCCUAAGGAACGGAAAAUGGACCGAAAGCUCCAUUUGUUAUUAAUUGAGACUAUAGAUGCAGGCAUUGAAAGGGGAUACUACAAAAAGGCAUUUGCUCAGCUACUUCACAAAAUGCUCGCUUUGAAGCCUCAGGAUCGGCCAAGUGCGACAAUGGCUCUUGCAUAUGAUGCAUGGCAAACUGUUCGGAAUAGAGAAGCCUACAAUGGGAGACUCAAACGAAAGCCUUUUACGCCAAAUGCUAAUACCAGGUCAAAGAGAGUUAGAUGGGAUAAGCUGGAAUGUCAAUCAGAUUGCAAGGCGUUGACGCCGAAAGGUGAGAAAUAAUCUAAAUAUAUGUAGUUAACGUGAAUACUACAUGUGUAUUUAUAUUAGUAAAUGACGUAGCUACCACGCUGAUAGUAUAAUACAAGCCCCAAAAGUAUCUAUGGAG